AUGGCACGCUUCAGCCACCCCCGGCUGCUGCCCUAUGCACUGCUCGUUGCCCUCGCUGGUCUCCCACGGCCUCCCCCGGCCUGGGCAGUGCCGAGCGGUGGAGCCACGGCUCGCGGCGCUGGCGUGGGGAGCGCGCUGCUGGUGCACCCGGAUGUGGGGGUGCCGGCGAUGGCGCGGGGCAUUGUCCCCGUGAGCUGGCGGGAGUUUGGGAAGCAGCUGGCGCGGCGCUUGCAGUGGGAUGUGAACCAGACCAGGGAUGCAAUCUCCAUGCAUGUCAUGGCCUUGUCGCAGUUUUGCACUCAGCUUGGGAGGGGUUUGAACGCCUCCUUAGUGCUUGGCAUCGACUGGCCGAAGGACCUGCCAUGGCGCUGUGCCGAUCUGCAAAGGCCACUGGAGAAGAUCCCCACCAGGCUAUUUUACAACAGCUCCUCCUUGGCAUUGGCCGAGUUUCCCUCCAGCCACCUGGCGACGCAGCGGAAGGCACGGAAGGUGCAGAAGCGGGUGCUGCGCCUCCUAGGGCGGAAGACGGAGGAGGAGCUUAUUUGGGCAUUCCUACUCCUCACAGACAAGCAUUUGGCCAAGGUGCAGGCUGUCCAAGAGCAGCUUCCACAUCCACACCCAGGGUCACUGGCGCGAGCCGCAGCGCUUUGUGGACCCCAGUUCUUGGCGUGUGGGGUGAGUCCUAGCUGCAUGAAAGGCCUCUUUUGCAUUGCUCUGUGUCAUUUGGAUGACCAGACGUGUGCCUACAAGUGCCUCCUGAAGUAUGAAAGCUGGUUGAUCUCCAAAUUCUCCGCCUGCGCUUUCGAAAAGCAGCUUCUUGCCCUUGUGAACGUGAUGAACUUCCACACGCUUCGCCCGCGACUGCCAGCGAUUACUCCCUUGGAAGGCUUUGACAACACCCAACUGAACAUUUAUUCAGCCACCCGCAUUCUGAUUGGCCAUGCGCAUGAGCAGAAGUUCAGCUGGCUAGUAGCAGCAGCUUCCAGUGAAGCCUAUGCGCAGUUCAAGCUGCAGUACCAGAUUUGGUACUAUCGAAGAAGCCAGCGCCGGCUCUACUACAAAGCGGUCUUCCUCUCCGAGGGCCGCGAUGGACACUUGGCCUGGCGCUCACGGAGCUAUGUGACGCUGCCGCUGCGCACGCCGGGCGCGUGGCUGUUCGCGGCGGCGGACGGCGGGGUGCAGCUGCGGGAGCAUUGGUACCUGCUCGGUGCAGACGCACAGCUGCGAUGGAUGUUAAUUUACUUCAAAGGUGCAGCACGGAAGGCCGGCAUGGCCUACCGCGGCUGUAUGCUACUCACGCCGGAUGGCAAAGUCCCGGGCCGGAGUGCCAUGCCCAUGAUCUCUGAAGCCCUUGCCAAAGCUGAAAUGCAGCCGUGA